CGAUGUUCAACCCCUGUCGGCCUGAAGGCAGCUGCCGCCCCUGUUCCCACAAACCACCACGUCACACCUAUUGUAUACCUGGGGAGCUCUAUUUUGCUCCUUCUCGGCACAAUUUGUCCUUUUCCCAUUGACUUGCUACAUAACAAAUUCGACAACAAACAACGACAAUAACAACAUCGCGGAGAUUGACAACACGAAUCAAUCUACCCAAAUCCCGCCAAGAUGACGCUCUACUACACCUUGGUCUUCCUGCUCCUCGUGGCAGAGAUGGCCCUCUUCAUGCUCUUGAUCCUGCCGUUGCCCUUCCCCAUGCGCAGAAAAGUGUUCACCUUCAUUUCCGAGAAUCCCAUCGUGGCUAAGGUCCAGUACUGGCUGAAGAUAACCUUCGUCUUCAUCUUGAUCCUCUUCAUCGACAGCGUCAAUCGCGUCUACCGCGUCCAAGUCGAGCUAGCCUCUGCCACCGAGAACACAGGCACCUCAGCGCCGACGAUCAUGGGCCACGAGCGCCUCGAAGUGCAGGCACGCAAGUUUUACUCGCAGCGCAACAUGUACCUCUGCGGAUUUACCCUCUUCCUGUCCCUGAUCCUCAACCGCACCUACAUCAUGAUCCUCGAGGUGCUGCGCCUCGAGGAGAAGCUGAAGCAGUACGAGGGCUCCGAGAAGAACACCAAGCAGGCCGAGAAGCUGGCCGCUGCCGGUGACGCGGGCGAGAUUGCGCGCCUCAAGCGCGAGAUUGAGCUGCGCGACCAGGACAUCGCCACCCUCAAGAAGCAGGCCGCCGGCCUCCAUAGGGAGUACGACGCCCUGGCCGAGAAGUACGGCCGCACCCAGGAGGACGGGACCAUGUCCAAGAAGGACAAAUAGGAGAGCGACCUCUGGCACGAUCUCGACUCCUUGAGCAAAGCAACUGCAACAGCGGCGGUGAAGGACGAGGAGGACACCGACACGCCGAGACAGCGGAGGCCAUUGCCGCCGCCGAACAUAUGGUCGCCUUAGCCGCCCGCGGACUGAACAAGUUGCAGAUGCCCAGCAGGUUGUCUGCGAAAAGGGACCUCAUAUUAGGGACGAAGAGGAUGAGAAGCAGCACGAACGAAUCGAAACAUUGGGGGGACGAGGGUAGUUAUCAAGGCAUGCAAAACCGAAGUUCUAUGGGUGGGGUGUUGUU